GGGCGGCCAGUUCAAGUUGCCAUAGCUGCAGUAAUAGAAGGUGAAAUAACAGUUGCAGAAAAAAGGAUGUGGUUUGAGUUGUUGUGAGUUUGUUACAAGCAGUUUAUCUUCAAACCAAAGCAAUCACACCAAUGGCAGACUCUUCGAGUGAUUCCGAUACUUACCAUAGGAAUCGGGGAAACCGCCCAGGACCGGUUCGAGUCACACAUUUUGGCCCCCAAAGAAGAAGCAGAAUAAAUACGUCUGGAGACAUUUCUGUGAAAGUUGAAACUUUGGCAAGCACUUUGCAGGAUACAAGUCGAAAUCUUAAUAAUGUUGAUCGGAUGUUGGGCCAAUACAGAGAGCACACAGGGGAUCAAGCAGAAGCAAUGACAACACUGAGAGACAAUUUAGAAGAGUCUAUAUACCAGCUAAGGCGCCAGCGAUUACGGAGAAAUUUUGGAUCAACUAUACAUACAAGUGACUUAGAUGGUGGAUCAGCUUCUGAAAGUCAUCAUUACCGGCCUACCUUGCCUCUCCGGGACUAUAGGGAUUCGAAAGGCGCCAGAGGGAGGUCAAGGUCUGCGACUGUGCAAUUUGUGGAUGAAAUGAACCCACUUGAGCAUGUGCAUUCAUUACACCAGUCUGUCAGAGACCUCAGCAGUGACCAGCUGCGAAUUGGUGAUGACAUUGACAGAGAGAUUGUCAGGAGAAAUAGGACUGAGAUUGAAACUAAAAGAACUUUGGAAGAUUUGUCCAGCCGACUCCGAGAAUCACAGAGGGCAGAAGCUGUAUCUGAACGAGUGGGAAGGCGUCUGCAGGAGAUAGAGAGAGAAAUGCGUACCGAGCGACAACAUGGAGAGAGACGUCAGGAUCAGCUCGGACAUGUGUUGCUGCAACGACAGGAGGCUUUGAAAAAACAUGAAGUCAAAGGCAGUGAAAUGGAGGAGGUGAUGAAGAACGCGUUUUUGAAAACGGAAUGUGAAAAGAGCCAGAUUGAACAAGAGCUGGAGCGAACGCGGAGACGACUGGACCAGUCUGAAGGGGGUCGGGACACUCUUCUUCAACAGGUCUAUGACCUACGCACACAGCUUUUGAAAACCGAGCAAGAUCGCCUGGACAUGCAGCAGCAGAUUUCUCAGAUUGCUCUUCUCCAGAGAAGUCGUAAUGAAGAAGAGGAGGAUCAAAGGAUGCUAAGCGCAGUGACUAAUCGAUCUGACCGUGAGAAGCAAGAGUUGGAAAAACAGAUACAAGAACUAAGGUUCCAGCUCAGUCAAAAUGUUGUCAUAUCUGAACUGGAGGAGCUGAAAAGAUCCAUUGAGCGUAAAGAGAGGGAGAAAGCUCAACUCUUUGCUCAUAUUGAGGUGCUGUCAUCAGACCUCGAUAAGAGGGAGAAACAGCAGCUAAGGAUGCUUGAUCAGCUGAAAGAAAUUCAGAACCGUUACGAAGACUGUGAGACGGACCGAAAGCGCAUGGAGCUCCACAUUGAGGAUUUGGACACUCAACUGAAGGACUAUGGCAGGGAAGCUGAGAAGCACGUGAACCAGCUUAAACAUGCCGAACUCCUGAAGAAGGAGAGUGACAAAAAGAAAGAAGAACUGAAAGUUAAAGCCCAGGAGUCCAUCAGGCACUGGAAACUAAAGUGUAAGAAACUUGAAAGUGAUCUGGAGAAGCAGAACGAGACGGCAGAGCUAACUAUGGACAAAAACAAGCAGGUGACCAAAGAAAAGGAAACUCUACAAGGGCAGCUCCACUCAGUCAUGCUACAAAUGGAGAACCUUCACAAGGAGCUGAGUGACGUCAUCUCAAAACUGGCACAAAAAGAAGAGGACAGUCGCCGUAAAGAUGUUGAGCUCAAUGAGAUAAAAUCUCAGCAUAUGGACUUGGAGCAUGAGAUUAGAGAGGUGCGGGAAGUUGCCAGUAAGCUCGAGAAUGAGAUUCAAAACCAGAACCUGUUGCAUUCACAACUGAAGAACGAUAACCAGGCAUUGGAGAGCAAGGUUCUUGUGUUAAGCAGGCAAAAUGAAAAGGAUCGGGGGACACUGCUAGAGAUGCAAGGGGAGAUUAAACACCUGAGUGCCAUUCGGGCUGAGUUGACUAGUAGACUUUCUGAUGAGGAAAUAGCCAGGAAGGAGUUGAAGAAAGACCUUGCUGACCUCCAAAGCACACAUGACUCUGGCCAAGAGGAACUGCUCUCUGUGGGCAGACGGAUCAAACUCGAAAGGGAUCUGCAUUAUAGAGAGCUGGCAGGUCUCAGAUCGGAGAUAGAGAAUUUGAAAACGAAACAUGAAAAGAAUAUCCAGGAAGCUCUCCGGCUUUUUAGACAAGAAAGGGAUGAGCAGGAAAACCAGAUAAGAACUUUCAAGGCUGAAGCAACAGAGGACAAAAACGUAGUUAAAGCACAGCGUCGGCAGCUGGAAAAGAUGAAGAUUGAAUGUGACAAACUGACAGAGGAAUUAACUCAGAGUGAAGAGGAACACACUAAGCUCAAGAGGAAGUACCAGCUGCUGAAGCAGGAGCUGGAAGAAAAGGUGAGCUCCCCUCAAACUUUACAGAGAGCCAGGAUUCAUUAUGGCUGUCUGUCAUUGUGGAGAAACAAGGCUUUAAGAGCUUUUGCUCUCACAUUUAUACAUCGUCUUUCAAAUAAUAUUUUUAAGGGAGUGAAUACUUACUGUAGACACUGUAUAUCUGACUUGUCUCAUUUCCAGGGGAAAAUGGUCACCUAUGGUGGUGAUCGCCUGAAACAUAUGGAAGAAACAAUUGUGGAACUCCAGGAACAACUUGGUUUACUGGAAACAGAGCAAGAGUCCAUACUUUGCACAAUAGGAAUUGAAAUUGGCUCUGUGUGUGAAGUCUUUUCAAGGGACUCGGAUGAACAAUUCAAAGCAAUAUCUCUUACAUCUGGCUUGCAGAAGGACUCUCAUCGCUGGCUGGCUGAAAUGAAGACAAAGCUGCAUUGGUUGCGUGAGGAGGCGAAGGAGAGAGAGGGGCAAGAAAAGAGGCUGCGACGUCAUCUCCAACAGAGCCGGGAGCAGCUCAAGGGCCUUAAACAGAAUAAGGAAUCGGAGUGGCAACUUCUGAUUGGGCAAAUCACAAAGCAGGAGCAGCUACUUGAAGAGAUUCACAGAGAAAAAAGAGAUUUACUCGAGAAGACACGUGAAAAAGAUGAAGACGUGAGAACACUUCAGGACCGACUUGUGGAGUUAGAAAUGAGUACCCGGUUAGCUCUGGACCAUCUGGAAUCUGUUCCUGAAAAGCUCAAUCUGUUAGAAGACUUCAGAGACCUGGAAAAUUCACAGAGACAGAGGGAGAUGAUCGAGCAGAGGUAUGCUAAAUACAAAGAAAUUAUUGGCACUUUGCAACAUCAGUUGGAGGAAUCAAAAAGAAGAAUCCAGGAAAAUAGGGACGUGAAGAUGGAUACAACAUCUCAAAGUGCCCGUCUUGCCACUCUCUCUUCUUCAAUACGAGGACAAAAUAGCUUUCUGUCCAGCUCCUUUCUUACAGACAACAGCUCACCACACAAAAGAAUGGCAUCACCUGAUUGUGAUUCCAGCCAGGACAACUGUUUGACCAAUGGCACAAAAUCUCACAAAGACCAAAAGGAGAUUUAGUAUAAAAAGCUUUUUUAAUCAUUUAAAUGAUAGCUACAAUAUUUAUACUACAUUUUUUUUUAUUUAACCAAAAUAAAGAAGACUAAUGUCACUAAUGUGCCUUGGUUUUUACAUGUAUAUUUUGUAUUCCAUUUUUUGCUACAAAGAAACAUGAUACAUUUAUAUGACAAAUUUGCCUUUUUACAGUAAUGACCAGACAAGAAAACAAAAACUGACUUGAUAAUUUAAUAACAUUUUUUUCUUGUAGAUAUACUAACAGAGAUGUAAUAGAUGUUUAAAGACAUUGAA